AUGGGCGCAGGAGCUGGCUCUGGCUCUGGGUUUGGGGACAUUGGUGUGUCUAUGGCCGUUACUGUCCCAGGCGCGAAUGCAAACAAAGACGAUGGUAGUGGUUUUGUUGUUGAUGAUGUUGUUGGUGGUACGGGAUUCGAAAUCUCAGAGGCUGGUAUGGGAUGUGAUAUCUCAGUAGCUGAUAUGGGAUGUGAUAUCUCAGUGGCUGGUAUGGGAUGUGAUAUCUCAGUGGCUGGUAUGGGAUGUGAUAUCUCAGUAGCUGGUAUGGGAUGUGAUAUCUCAGUAGCUGGUAUGGGAUGUGAUAUCUCAGUGGCUGGUAUGGGAUUCGAAAUCCCAGUUGCUGGUAUGGGAUUCGGCUUGUCUGUGGCUGAAUAG